CCUGACCUCCAUCUGUGUUGUCGUCCCCUCAGACAUACGUUCUGGCAGUACCGGAAGGAGAACCCUCAGACCCGGGUGGGAGAUCCUCCUCCGGACGGCCUGCCAGGCUUCAACAGCGGCGUCAUGCUGCUGGACCUGGGGGCCAUGAGGGCCUCGGCUCUGUACAACCGGCUGCUGGAGCCCGACAACGUGGCCCAGCUGGCCGACCAGUACCGCUUCAGGGGCCACUUGGGCGACCAGGACUUCUUCACCAUGAUCGGCAUGGAGCAUCCGGAGCUCUUCUACCUGCUGGGCUGCGGCUGGAACCGACAGCUGUGCACCUGGUGGAGGGACCAUGGCUACAGAGACGUCUUCCAGAUGUACUACCGCUGUGACGGACCCGUUUACAUCUACCACGGGAACUGCAACUCCCCCAUCCCAGACGACUGAGCUCAGAAUCUGAGCUGGAGAGGAUUAGAGCUGCUCACUGGGAGUACUGGACCUGAAUGGAGACGCGUCUGAAGCUCAAAUAGAGGAGUAACAAUGGUCUGAGCCUGGACCUGCAGAGAAGAUGGACCUCCAUCAUUUCUAAUCAUCUCGCCCUGGAUUCAUAAGAGACAUUUUCAGAGGAAAAACAGUUUCAGACAUCAGUGGUUCUUCCUAAUGAGACGUUUGAUGGACCAGUUUCUGCUGUUCAACUCAGCAUCAUCAGGAGAAAACAAUUUCUUCUUUUUAUGCAAAAUUUCAAACUCAUUUCAUGUCUUCAGUGUGUCUAAGAGACACUUCAUGUCCUUUAAAGCCGAUUUAAUGUGAUCUCUUUCUUAAAUUAAGCCAAAUAUCUGAAACCCUAGAGGACCCAGGAUGCUGCCCUGAGGGACGCCACAAGCAAACCAUUAAAGAACUAACUACUGAAACAAUGAGAGGUUGUUGUUAGUUUUGAUGGUGUUUUAGUUGACUGCAGACGCUGCCCCUUGCUGGUCGAGGGGCUCCUGAAGGGCCCCAACAUAAAAUAUAUCACAAUACACAGCGUUUAUCUGGGUUAUUUUAGAAUAUUAAAGCUGAAAACUGUUUCUGGAUCAGUGGCGGUUUGUUACUUCAGGUACUAAUAAGAUGAUGCUGAUAAUCAGAGGAACGCUGAACGGUCGUUUCUGAUAAAUAAGGACAGUGUCUGUAUGAAAGCAGCCUCAUAGAUCAGUUCAUAUAACAUAAACUAAAUCUGACCAUCCUUGAUUCGUUUUUGUUCAAUAAUUUUACUGUAUUUAAUGAGGUCGUGUAAAAACAUCAGCAUCAUCUUCAUGGACUGAUCCACUGUUGAUCUCAGUGUUUGUACAUGAACAGAGUUUCAUUUGAUGAGAAUCUAAAAGAUGAGUCUUAAUUAAACCACAUAGUGUCAGAGUCUGUAUCUUAAUUUAAAAUAAAAGGGAAUGGAAUCACUAACAGAUGUUGAAAUAUCUGGAGUAAAGAUAGAUUCAGUAGAUGGAAGAACUAAAGUUUUAUUCAUUUUCAUGACGGAACAUCAUUUCCUCUCAUUUAAGGUUCUUGGACAUUCUAAACCAGCAGCACAGAGCUCUGAUGAAGACUCUAGGUGUAGAUCUGAAUGUGUCCAAAGCUGAAGACUAAGUUUUACGUCCUCACCAGAGACGAAAAGUUCUAAACAGCAGAAAGAAUCACUGAUGUGAUAAAUCAAGAAACCAAGAAGUUUUAAAACCGCUCCAGAACUUCCAUCUUGUCGUCUUCAAACAUCUCUGAGGAUCUUGUCUGUUUGCUUCGUGUAGGAUUAGGCGAUAUGGCCAAAAAAUAAAAUCUCAAUUUUUUUUAUUCAUCUUGGACGAUUACGACUUUAAUCCAUUUUUGUUGUUUCUUUGCAGUGUGUUUGCUAUGGCUAGUGUUAGCCAUGCUGCACUCCCGUAGCUGCCAGCACUCUUCCCAUUCUUUAGGAUGCCUCUGUCCGAGGUGCUGAAAGAGGUUAGUUGUGCUGCUACUCUUCGUUUUCACAGUACUUUUGCAAACCUUGCACAUGACUGUAGUUUGCUCUGUGUCAGUCUUGUCAAAGCGGAACCACUUCCAUAUAAUCGAUGUAACAUGAGGCCCUUUUCUCGCGACCAACUCUCCGUCUGCUGUUCUGUCCGCCAUGACGGGGGUGUGAGUGUUUUGCCGGAAGGAGAUGAGAGGCGGAAGCAAACGCCAGUGCACAAGUCGUGAAAGGCAGAAGAAGAAUCUAUAUUGUUAUAUAUUUAAGCUUACCUCGAUUUUAAGAUUUGGCAAAUUUUCAAAUCGUCAGGUUUUAAAAAGGUGAAUUAAUUCGAUUUAUCACCCAACCCCAGCUUUGAGUGACCAUCUGGAUAAAAAACUGAUCUUCUCCACGUCUCAGUUCUCUUCAGACUGCAUCAGGUUGUCCUCCAGGAUUUCAUUUACCCUCUACCUUUACCAGGCUUCCAGGACAUGCUGCUAAGGAACAUCAUGAUGCUGCCUCCACCAUGCUUCACAGUAGGGAUGGUGUGUUUGUGAUGAUGUUCAGUGUUUGGUGUCCAUCAAAUAUAUCAUCUAGUCUGAUGGACAUAAAGCUCCAUCCUGUUCUCCUCAGACCAAAGAACCUUCUUCCAGGUGUCUUCAGAGUCCCCACAUGUCUUCUGGUGAACUCUAGUCCAGAUUUAAUUGGAGCUUUUUCCAUCAGAGUCUUUCUCUUUGUCUCCAUGAAGCUCUGACUGAUGAACAGACAACAGUUGUUGGAUGAACAGUCUGAAGCUGGAACUCCUUCAGAGGAGUCAUAGAGUCUUGGUGGCCUCCCUCUCUCGUCUCUUUCUCCUUCAGAGGAGUCAUAGAGUCUUUGUGGCCUCCCUCUCUGGUCUCUUUCUCCUUCAGAGGAGUCAUAGAGUCUUGGUGGCCUCCCUCUCUAGUCUCUUUCUCCUUCAGAGGAGUCAUAGAGUCUUGGUGGCCUCCCUCUCUAGUCUCUUUCUCCUUCAGAGGAGUCAUAGAGUCUUUGUGGCCUCCCUCUCUCGUCUCUUUCUCCUUCAGAGGAGUCAUAGAGUCUUGGUGGCCUCCUUCUCUAGUCUCUUUCUCCUUCAGAUGAGUCAUAGAGUCUUGGUGGCCUCCCUCUCUCGUCUCUUUCUCCUUCAGAGGAGUCAUAGAGUCUUGGUGGCCUCCUUCUCUAGUCUCUUUCUCCUUCAGAGGAGUCAUAGAGUCUUGGUGGCCUCCUUCUCUAGUCUCUUUCUCCUUCAGAUGAGUCAUAGAGUCUUGGUGGCCUCCCUCUCUAGUCUCUUUCUCCUUCAGAGGAGUCAUAGAGUCUUGGUGGCCUCCCUCUCUAGUCUCUUUCUCCUUCAGAGGAGUCAUAGAGUCUUUGUGGCCUCCCUCUCUAGUCUCUUUCUCCUUCAGAGGAGUCAUAGGGUCUUGGUGGCCUCCCUCUCUGGUCUCUCAGUCUUUGAGGACGUCUUUCUCUAGUCAGAUCUAUUCAUGUUCCAUUUUCCCUCCAUGUCAUUUUUUUUCUUUCUCUCCAGCAGCUCUAACUUCCCGUCCUGACUUCCCUCUGCUUCUUCAGCAGGUCAGAGUUCAUCUGGCGUCUUUACUUCCCACCAGAGGACUCCACGUAGCUCCUUUCAAACGUCGUCUUUCAGGUAGAGAGAAGAAAAUCUCCGUCUAAGAUGUGACCGGGAGGCUGUGAGGCUGAACUCUCAGAGACGAUGACCUACUUCUGAGUUUUCUUGCUGCUUUCACUGAACUGAUUCACAGAAAUGUCGACACUCAGUAUUCAUCAGUCAGGAAUCUUCUGAUGUUCUCUGAAACAGUGAGUCAGACCGAGGCUGCAGGACUCAGGAACAAACGUUUCUCCAUCAAUGAGCUUCCUUUGAAUUUACCUCCAAGCCAUUCAGAAGAACAGAUCUGCAGCUCUGAAGGAGAAUGAGUCAUAAAAAACCACCUCCUGAUUGUACUUUAUAUCCAGACGUUCUCUGAGUUAACCGGAUCAACAGAACCUGAAGCUCCAGUUAGAAGACGAGAACCAGACGGUGGAUUUUCACUUCCUUCAGACUCUGAGCCAUAAAAACCAUCAUGUGACUCUUCUUCCAUAUGAAUCUGACCAAUCGUGUGCAGUCAGAGGUUCUACUGGUUCUACUGGUCCCACAUGUAGGUUCCAUAGAUUCUACUGGUUCUACAGGUUCUAGUGGUUCUAUAAGUUCUUCUGGUUCUACGUGUAGGUUCUGGUGGUCCCACAUGUAGUUUCCAUAGAUUCUGCUGGUUCUAAAGGUUCUGUAGGUCCUACAUGUAGGUUCAUUACCUGCACAACUUCAUUCAGAAGAAUUACUACAAGAGUUUGUUAAAAACGCUUCUUCCAGCUGAUUCAAAUCCUAAAAUCUGAACAGAACCUCCUCCAGACCAGGUUACCAUGGUAACCUAGCCGUGCAGCAUCGGAUACCAUGGUAAUCUAGUUGUUCCUAUCGGUUGCCAUGGUGCUCUAGCUGUUCCUAUCGGUUACCAUGGUGAUCUAGCUGUUCCUACCGGUUACCAUGGUGAUCUAGCUGUUCCUAUCGGUUACCAUGGUGAUCUAGCUGUUCCUAUCGGUUACCAUGGUGAUCAAGAUGUUCCUACCGGUUACCAUGGUGAUCUAGCUGUUCCUACCGGUUACCAUGGUGAUCUAACUGUUCCUACCGGUUACCAUGGUAAUCCAGGAGUCAAAAUGGAGCCUUUUUCAUGACAUUAGAAAGUAAACAUACCAUAAUAAGACAUCCAUACCUUCAUGUUCCGUCUCUCUGUUCUUCAGGUCUAAAUCUUCUUCUUCUUAGCUGCAGUGAAUAAAUCUGUAAAAUCCAUCAACUGUACGACAACGCUGUCAGAAAACCAACAACAGGAUCGACUGUAGUGUAAUUUAAUAUAAUAAAAAUAUAACAUGAUAUAAUUAUACAAUAUAAUAUACAGUCCCUCCAGGAAUUUGCGAUGUUGCGAAGAAGCUUAAAACAUCGCAACUUUCAUCGCAAUUUUUUUAGAAAAGCUGCCGCGAAUUCAGGCAUUUUUGGCCGCAACAAUCACGAAAAACGCCCGUGAAAUCCUGGAGGGACUGAAUAUAGUAUAAUCUAUAAUAAUAUAAUCUAGUCUUUCUGCUGAGUUUAGUCCUAAACUUUAAUGUGAACGUCGGCGUUCAGCAGCUGAAGGGUUCAAACUUGGUGUCUUUGUUUUAAAACCAGUUUAUCUUCAGUUCAUUCCAGUGUUCCAGCAGCUUCAGGUUUUCUUCCAAACAGUGAAAAACUUCUUCCUGUUUGUUUAGUUCUUCAGAUUUCUUCCUGCUCGGUUUCUUUAAAGGGCUUCAAACAGACGAUAGAAUCAUUCAGGAGAUGAUUCUCUGUUCACAUGAUUUUACCCACAGAAACGUAGAAACUGUCUUUGUUUUUAAUCUGAAAUGUUCCGUUUGUUUUCACUUUUUCUGAAUAAAUGAUGUGAUCACAUUCUAUUAGAGAA